AUGGGGGUAUUAAAAUUAAAGAGUGAAAAAAAGAAAAGGGAAAAAAUAAAAGAAACUAAAAUAGAUUAUGAAAGAUGCUUUAAAAAAACCAAAAUAAAAGAUACAUUAAAUAAAAAGGAUGAAGGAAAUGAAUUUGAUAUUUCUGUUUUUAUGAAAACAAGUCAUAGUUCAAAUAAAAUUCGACAAAUAAAUUAUGGUAAACUAAUUAAAAAUAUAAAAAAUAAUAAUAAUAUAAUUUUUAAUAAUAUAGAAAAGAUAUUAGAAAUAUUUGCAAAUGGAAUUAUUGACGAAGAUGAAUGUAUAAGAAAUUAUUCAGCUAAAAUAUUUUAUUAUAUAUUAAAUAGUUAUAUAAAUUGUGAUAUUUAUUUUAAUAAAAUAAAAACAAGUAUAUUUUAUUCACUUAAAGGAAAGAUUGAAAAAUUAAAGAUUUAUAAUUUAGAAUUAUGUUAUAAUUUGUUUUUUAAAAAAAUUGAAUAUAGUCAUAAUUUUUUUUACGAUUUUUUACAUGCUAUUUUAGAUUGUUUUGUUUCAUUAUCAAUCAAUAAUAAGAUAAAGAAUGUCAAGUAUAUUUUUCUUUUGUUUGAUCAGAAGGUUCGACAUAAAAGAUGUGUAAAGUUAGGGAAAAAUAUAACACAAAUAGGAAAUGGAAAAAUAAAAAAAAAUGGAAAAAUAAAAAAAAAUGGAAAAAAUGAUAUAAGCGAUGUAAGCGAUUAUUUUCGAAAAAAUACGCAUUUAGAUGAUGAUCAGAAAUGUGGAAAAGAUGAAUAUGAGAAUAUAAUAAGACAAAAUAUAAUUAACAACAAUUGUGACAAUUUUUUAAUAAAAAAAAAUAUAAAAACGAAUAUAAAUAUAGAUACAAAAAUAAAUAUAUAUGUAAAAAUGUUUAAAUAUUUAUAUAAUUUUUUAGAUGAAAUAGAAUGUAAUAAUAUGAAUGUAGAGAUGAUAUCAUUAUAUACAAAAAUAUCAAAAUGUAUAAUUUAUUUCAUAAAAAAAAAAAAAUCAAUUAUAAAGAUUGAUACAAUUUUAUUAAUAAAUAAAUUUAUAAAAAAAUUUAUAGAAAUAAUAAAUAAUAAAUUAAAUAUUUUGAAAGAUAUAUUUAAUAUAUCAAUUUUAUUAGUUUUUCGAUUGUUGGACAUGAUUUAUUAUUUUAUUAUUAUGAUUAUAUUUUUGUGUGUGAAAAAUAUUAAUUUAUUUGAAAUUGUGAAGAAAAAAAUAUAUAUUGAUUUUAUUUAUCUUAUUAAAUAUUGUGUAACUAUUUAUUUAUAUGUUCUUACUGUAUUUAAUUUUUUUAAAAUAAAUAAAAAUAUUACAGAUUAUGAUCAAGAAUUGAAUAAGUAUGCUGAUACAAAUAAGAUUGGUGUAGAUAAUGAAGUCAAAAUUUUAUGUACAAAUUAUAUGAAAAGAUGGAAUAAAAAAGAAUUUGUUGUAAAAUAUUUUAAGAUAUUGAUAUAUUUUUACAAUAUAUAUAUAAAUAUAAAAGAAGGUAAACAAAAAAUGUUCAUAAAUUUUAUUAUAACAUUAGGGGAGAAAAAUUUAAUUCAGAUAGAAAAUAGUGAAAAAAAAAAAAUUAUAAAUGUAAUAAUAGAUUUAAUAAAAGAAAAAAUUGAAAUAUAUAAUUAUGAUAAUGAAGAAAAAUUAAUUUGGGAACUUUUAUUAAAUUAUGUUAAUAAUUUUUCUGAAAAAUCAAUUGAAAAAAUAAUAUAUUUAUGUUAUUAUAUCGUUAUUUUGUCUCAAACUUCUCAAAAAAAAAAAAAAAAAAAUGAUGAAAUAGGUUUGAAACAUUUAAUAGAAGAAAGAGGAAUAAAUAAAAGAGAGGAUGAAGAUAAAAAUAUGAUUUCUGAAAAAUGUACAAAAGGAAAUAAUAAAAUAAAUGACAAGAGCAAUCAUGAUGAUACAAUAACAUUGUCGUUUUUUACAACACCCUUUAUAUUUAUAUUUUUAACUGAUUGUAAUUAUUUUAUAAAUAAUAAUUUUUUUGAAUUUUUUUAUAAAUGUAUGAAAAUAAAUGAUAAAGAACAUGUGAUGAAGAUAUUGUUAUUUUUGCAAAAGGAGGAAAACAUAAAUAUAAUUCCCAAAAAUGUGUUUGACAGUUUUGUAGAUAAUUUGAUAUACUUUAUGAAUAGUCAUAAUAACAAAAAAAUUGGUAAAAAUUUUGCUAACAGUUUUGCUAACAGUUUUGCUAGCAGUUUUGCUAAAAAUUUUAUAGGAUUUAUUUUGAUUAUUAAAAAUGGGAUUAAAUGUAAAAAUGGGAACAGUAGGUUGAGAAAUGUAAAUAGGGGAGUGGAGGAAAAGUGUGAAAAAUUAAUAUUAUUGGAUAUUCGAGAAAAAUUAAAAGAAAUAUUUGAAGAAAAAAAAGAAAUAUUAAUAAAUUAUUUUUUAAAUAAAAAUAAUUCCAAUUUAUUAUCAUUAAAAAUAAUAAGAAUUAUUUAUGACAUAUAUGGAGAUGAGAAUUGUAAAGUUUUGAAUUUUAUUUAUUGGAUUAUAAUAAAAUAUAUAAAUGGAAAAUAUGGGGAUAAUUUAAUUUUGGGAAAAAAGGAAGUUAAAAUGUUGUUAUAUAGUAUAUUUUAUGGGGAUGAAAUAAAUGUAUAUACACAUUUUGAUAAAAAUAUUGAAAAAAAAAAAAUAUUUUCAUUAGUUUAUAAUAAUGAUUGUUUUGAUAUAUUAAAAGAAGAUAUAAAAUCGGAGGUAUAUAUAUUGGAUAAAUAUUUAUAUAAGGAUAAUUUUUUAAUUUUUUUUUUAAAUUUAAAUAUAUAUAAAACAUGGAAAAUAUUCAAGAAUGAUGUAUAUUCUUUUAUUGAUGAAGAAAAUAGUUAUAAAAAUAUUAGUAUUAAAGACAGUUUGAAAGAUAUAAAAUAUACAAAUUUAAUUUUAAUAUUGAAAAAGAUAUCAUAUAUUACUUCUCAUAUUAAUAUAUACAGUUUAUCCAAUUCGAAUAAAUGGAUAAAUAAUAAAAAUAUAAUUAUUAGUUAUAUUUUUAAGUUAAUAAAAAUAAAUAUUUAUGAUAAAUUAUAUGAUAAUGUUUAUUCAGAUAAUAUAUAUAUAACAUGUGAUCGUAUUUUUAUAAAUAUAAAGAUAAUUUUUUUCUUUAGUUAUUUAUCAUAUUAUUUAUUUGAUUCAUUAUCUUUGGAAAAGUGUGAAGAUAAUGUUGUUUUAAUAAAAAAUUUUAAAGAUGAAAUCGAGGAAUCUCAACAAGAUAUCGAAUUAAAUAGUAGCUCAAAUGAUAAUAUAUCAAAAAAAAUAACUGAACAAAUUGGUAAAAAUGUAGACCCAUAUUAUGAUAUGAGUAAUAAAUGGAUAGAGAAUAUAAUGUCUUCUAAAUUGUUAACUUUUUUAAAAUCAUUUUUGAAUGAUGCAAAUAAAAAAAAUGUGAAUGAAAUAGAUUCAGAAAACGGAUUUGAAGAUAUAAUAAUGCAUAUUAAUUUUUCAAAAGAUCUUUUUAAUUUGAUAUAUGAUAAAAGAAAUUGUUUUUAUUAUUUAUCAGCUAUUAAUGUAAAUUUAUAUCAUAAUAGUGAAGAAGAUGUUGAUAAUGAUUAUAAUUUUGAAACCCAUAAAAUAAUUCAAGAAUUAUUAAAUAAUUUUGAAAUAAAUAUAGAUAUAAUUAAUUUCAAGGAACUAACAGAAUUACCAGUCAGAAAAAUAUUAGUAUUAUUUUUUCUUUCUAUCUUUAGGAUAUUAUAUAAUGGAAAUAUAUUGAAGAGCUUAUCUUUGAAAUUUGAAAAUGGUGAUAUAAAGAAAUAUCUAAUUUUUUUAAAUUAUUUUAUUUUUUUCAAUUAUUUUGUAUCUUAUUUAUCUGAGGAAGUAAAGCUUGCAACAAGCAAGCACUUUUCCUGUAGCACUUAUUACACAAUUUCGUUUCUGCUAGACAUAAUUUUGUGCUUCUAUGGGAUUGGCGAGCAUGUCGAAAAAAUGGAAGAAUUCCCUGAAUAUAGUGAAUUAAAAAGGAAAGAAAAUAGUAAGAACGAAAAUAGUAAGAACGAAAUAUUCAUGGAAAUAAGAAAUGAAUUAAAAAUUUUGAAUAACAAAUUGAAACACACAAUUGAAGAAUUAUCCAAUAAAGGAAAAAAAUAUAUUUUUCCACAAACAGAAAUACUUAUUAACAAAAUUUGA